AUGCCUUUGAGCUUCGAUAUUUUCCUUUCAACAUUUAACUGUGCCAAAAAUUUGCCAUUUAAAGAUGAGGAGCGCCUAGAAGACCUUAUUUCUACUCUAAUUCCUUGCGAUACUAAGCAUCAAGUGUAUGUUCUUGGCUUCCAAGAGUUGGUACCCAUAUGGCAAGGUUCCUUCCCUCAGCUUGUGGAACAGGUUUUGUCCACGGUUUCUCGAAUUGCUGUAGGCUAUCUGAACGAGUCUUCGGCGCACACAACGUAUACAUCGGUUUAUGAAAAGACCUGCGGGGCGAUAGGCCUGAUUAUCAUCGCAAACAGUACCCUGGAUAUCAAGAAUGCUUUAGGAUGCUCAAUCGGUUGUGGAAUGUUUUACUCGAGUCUGAAGGGCGGUGCGGCUGCUAAAUUCACAGUAAGAGACGCAGGUGAAGAGAUCUCCGAUACUUUUGUAAUCAUAUGUGCACAUAUGGCUGCCAACGAGGGUCCAUUUUACACCGAAAGACGUGUUUCUGAUUUUGAAACAAUUUGCACCAGUGUUCGCGAAGAAUUGGGUCCUUUUAAAGCCAAUCAUGUCUUCUUUCUGGGGGAUUUGAAUUUUCGAGCAUCUCAAUUGCUAAUGAACGAUUUAGAAUCGGCCAGUUUAAGCGAGAGGCAUCAGGUAUUUUCUCGCCAUGACGAAUUGAGUAGAUUGAGGCGGGAGGGACGAAUUUUCCAAGGCUUUGAGGAAGGGAAUGUAAGCUUUCUGCCUACUUACAAACUAAAACGCACAACGCGAGAUCGUAUUUAUGACAGUCGCCGUUCACCGUCGUGGUGCGACAGAAUACUUUUCAAGAAAUAUGAAAAUACUUUUCAAGUCGAAAUUUAUGACACUUAUGCGCGUUCCGAAAUUCUACAGUUAAGUGAUCAUCUACCAGUCAAACUCUCCAUCAACGUCCCACAUAUUCAUGAAGAUAAUGCCCCCAUUGAAAUCUUCAUUACACCACCUUUCCGAAAAUGGACCAAGAUCAUUGGCAAACUGAGUGAUGUUGUUAUUGGUUACAGUGGAUGGAUCUACGCCAUUACUGGCCCUUAUCCACUUCUUCUCUCAGUGAUAAUUUUGAUUCUCUUCCUGUGGCUUAAAUAA